UCCAGCGGGACUUCAGCACUGCCAGGGAUACAGGCACUCAGAGGGGAACAGCCUCUGGGCUCACUCCUCUCCUGGGAAACAGUGUUCUGCUCUCCGCAAACAUCCACUGACAGACAGAGAGCAGAGAGGUGCACGUCAAGAGCCACCAUGACACAACCCACGUCCAAAAAACAGGGAUUUAAAAAGUGCAGGAGUGCCACUUUCAGCAUUGAUGGCUUCAGCUUCACCAUCGUUGCCAAUGAGGCGGGGGAAAGCAACCGCCAUCCACUGGCCCGCUUCGCACGCUCACGGUCCCAGAAUGCACUAUGCACCGCUGUCACAGCCGGCCUUGAGAUCACUGAACACAAAGGAAUUCUGAUUGACCCGCGCAGCGCUGAGGAGAUCCUGGCUGAUGAGCUGCCGGUCCCUGAUGCUGUCGACGCCAUGGAGAAGACUGCAAUCAGGUUGCGGUGUCUCAUAAAGCAGCUGGAGCGGGGGGAGGCAUCUGUGGUGGACCUGAAGAAAAACCUGGAGUACGCUGCCUCAGUCCUUGAAACUCUGUACAUAGAGGAAACCAGGCGGCUGGUGGAUCCAGAAGAUGAGCUGAGUGACAUUCAGUCCGACUCGGUGCCGUCAGAGGUCCGGGACUGGCUGGCUUCCACUUUUACCAGGCAGAGGCGUCUGAUGCUGCGCCGUAACGAAGACAAACCACGCUUCCGGAGCAUCGUCCAUGCAGUGCAGGCUGGCAUCUUUGUGGAAAGGAUGUACAGACGAACCUCCAACAUGGCCGGUCUGACUUAUCCCCCAGAUGUCAUCACUGUGCUCAAGCACGUGGACACGUGGUCCUUUGAUGUGUUUGCACUGAAUGAUGCGAGUGGAGAUCACGCUCUGAAAUUUGUCUUCUAUGAGCUGCUCACCAGAUACGACUUGAUCAAUCGUUUCAAGGUCCCUGUUUCUGCUCUCAUAUCAUUUGUGGAGUCGUUGGAGGUGGGCUACAGCAAACACAAGAACCCCUACCACAACCUGAUGCACGCUGCAGAUGUCACACAGACCAUCCAUUACCUGCUCCUCCACACAGGCAUGGUGCACUGGCUAACUGAGUUGGAGAUCUUUGCCAUCAUUUUUGCGGCUGCCAUCCAUGACUAUGAACAUACAGGAACCACCAAUAACUUCCAUAUUCAGACCAGGUCAGACACAGCCAUGUUGUACAAUGACCGCGCUGUUCUGGAGAACUACCACGUCAGUGCUGCCUAUCGCCUUCUACAGAACGAUGACAACAUGAACAUCCUUUCUAAUCUUACCAAAGAUGACUGGAGAGAACUGCGCACACUGGUCGUGGAGAUGGUGCUGGCCACAGACAUGUCGUGCCACUUCCAGCAGAUCAAAGCCAUGAAAAGCUCCCUGCAGCAGCCCGAGGCGAUUGACAAACCAAAGGCCCUAUCCCUGCUCCUGCACACAGCUGACAUCAGCCACCCUGCUAAACGUUGGGGCCUCCAUCAUCGCUGGACUACAUCCCUGCUGGAGGAGUUCUUCAGACAGGGUGAUAAAGAAGCAGAGUUGGGUCUGCCUUUCUCCCCUCUGUGUGACCGCAAAUCCACCAUGGUGGCUCAGUCUCAGAUUGGAUUCAUUGACUUCAUUGUGGAGCCAACAUUCACCGUGCUGACAGAAAUGAUUGAGAAGAUCGUGACACCGCUUAUUGAGGAGGCCUCUCGCUCUGGACUGGCUGGCUUCAGACGCUCUAGUGUCAACAGUAUCUGUGGCAGUGAUGGAAAACAUUCCAGUGUGAAGAGUACAGGCUCAGAAGGCAGCUGCUGUCUGACCGCAGUGGACUUUAAGAGCUUCAAGGUCACAUGGAACCAAGAGAUUCAUCACAACAGGGAGACAUGGAAGGAUCAGGCAGCCAAAGACAUGGGGGAAAAGGUGAAGAAGGAGGCAGAGGAGGGUGGCCAGGAAGAGAAGGACACAGAAGAAGAGAAACAGUCAAACAGAACUGUCGACACAUCCAAAACAGGACAGGACGAAAUGAAAACCGAUGUGGAGGUGCAGGAGGAGGCGGAGAACAGAGGGCAGCUGGAGGAGCAACAGCCUCAAGAGGAGGAAGGAGACAAGAAUCCUGGUGGAGCAGCAGAGUCCUCGCUGGGAUCAGGCCCCAAUGACCCAGACAGGAAGAAGCCUGACGGUCACACAGAGAAGCAGCAGCAGCAGCGUCCGAACGGCCCUCAGCCUGACUGCCCUGUCAUCCAUUACUGUAAGAGACCCAGCUACGCAGCCAGCUCCCACCGGCUGCUGAGGUCAAAGGUCACUGAGAUGCGGCCCAUUGAUGCCAGGGGGAAGGCCAGGAGACUGCAGCGCAUCUCUCUGCGUCGCCGAAAGUGACCUUAUAGUAUAGAGUGUGACAUCAGCGUGAUGUCACAUCCUAAGAUACUACAGCAAGUGAUGGCCAAAUGAAGCCCUAUGAAGCAUUUUCUUUAUUUUCUGAGCCCACUAGAUGGCGCUCAAGGUCUAAAGAGAGAGGCUCAAAGAAUGGCAAUUCAGUGUUCACGAGGCUUCAUUUGGCCAUCACUAACUACAACAUGACAAUCAAUCUUUGUUUUUAUUUGCGUAUCACAGUCUUGUACUCCAACGGACCUUCUGCUUAAUUUCAGUCUUGUGUCUGUAACUGUUGCUGCAUUAUCACUUCUUUAUCUUCUGGUGGUGUCUCUUCACUGCAACACUGCCAGCUCCUGCUUUGUGUGGACCGACCACUUCUUUUAAAUCUCUUCUCAAACUGUGACUCUUUUUUUGCAACGUACAUUUUGUAUUCAGAAUUUCUUAAUUUGUAUUUUAUCGCUGAUUAUUUGAAGGUCCACUGAUAAAAAUAUUAUAGGGCUACACUGUAUAUUUUAUUAUGUCUAUAGGCUUGCUUUUAGUUUCCACUGCUCGCCCUGCUCUACUCGUGUCCAGCAGGAACCAUUUAUGUGUUUUUCAUGCAGUUGUGCUAACUGAUUGUCGUUGGUCCUCAUUUAUCAAUCAAACGUACAAACCGACACAGAUCUGAAUGCAGAAGUCAUCUCGCAACAGGGUUCACAUGUGAUUCAUGAAGGGUUCUUAUCCGUCCCCCAGAGUUUACAUCAUGGAGAGACGUGACAGCCAAUAAGAGAAACCUACAACCCUACAAGAGUUGAGACCUGACGUGAGAUUUGUCCGCAGCCUCCGCUCACGUCCACAUUGAUAAAUGCUGAGCUUUGCUUGGAAAUGACAGCACACCCAGUAUUCAGUCGUACGUUCAUUGUAAAUGUGGGCCAAUGUGUGUUUUUGGUUCUAUGUUAUUUUUUCAGCUCACAAGGCUGACAUGUCGCGGCACUGCUGAAUUUCCUCUACAAAUAUUUUUACCAGUCUCCAUCAACAAUGCACUCGACAUCCGAACUCCUCAGUGUUACCAGUGAGACGUAUGCAGAGCUGUCAGGUUUGUGUGUCGUUUGUAAAAAGUGAGCUUUGUCAAUGAAGAGUUAAAUAUGAAACAUAUCUGACCUGAUGACACCGGCAGUACGAAGCACCUGAAUAGUAAUGAGUGAAUGGAGGUUUGAGGGGGUUAGUAUUAUACUCUGAAUGUUUCAGACAGCUGCUCUAUAAUCAGUAAAUCAUUUUUGACAUUGUUGUGUAAGAUUGACGUUAGGAUGACAAUCCUGAUGGCAGCAGCACAGAGACAGGUGAGCUGCAGGUGAGCUCUGGUGUUACAGUGAAAUGUCUGACUGUUAGUUCAUGAGCUGAUUAAAAAUAAA